CUGUGUGGGGAAAUAUGGCAGCGUCCUGGUGGAGAUCUUGAGGAGACCGGGUCCGUAUGGCGUUGGCGUCGGGGCCCGCAGGGCGGGCGCUGGCUGGCUCUCAGCGGCUCGGCCUUGGGGGCUGUGGGGUCCCGAGACGCGGGGCGUACGAGUGGGGCGUGCGCUCCACCCGGAAGCCCGAGCCUCGUCCCCUGGACAGGGUGUACGAGAUCCCUGGACUGGAGCCCAUCACCUACGCGGGGAAGAUGCACUUCCUGCCCUGGCUGGCGCGGCCGGUCUUCUCGCCCUGGGACCCCGGCUGGAAGCACCCAAAGUUCUGCCGCUCGCCCCCGAUUCACGAGCAGCCGCUGUACAAGGACCAGGCCUGCUAUAUCUUCCACCAGCGUUGCCGCCUUCUCGAGGGUGUGAAGCAGGCCCUCUGGCUUACCAAGACCAAGUUAAUAGAAGGCCUUCCUGAGAAAGUGCUUAGCCUUGUUGAAGAUCCUAGGAACCACAUAGAGAACCAAGACGAGCGCGUUCUGAACGUGAUCUCUCACGCCCGUCUCUGGCACUGCACUGAGGACAUCCCUAAGAGAGAGACCUACUGCCCAGUCAUUGUGGACAGUCUGAUACAGCUGUGUAAAUCUCAGAUUCUCAAGCAUCCUUCCCUGGCCAGGCGGAUCUCUGCCCAAAACUACACUUUAUCCACCACCUGGAAUCGAGACUCUAUUCUCCUUCAGGUUCGUGGUUCUAGCGGAGCCCGACUGAGUGCCAAGGAUCCUCUGCCUCCCAUCGCCUUCAGAGAGGAGGUUGAAGCUACUGAGAAUCAUGUUCUUGAGACCUUCUAUCCCAUAUCUCCCACUAUUGAUCUUCAGGAAUGCAAUGUUUAUGAUGUGAAGGAUGACACAGGAUUCCGGGAGGGUUAUCCUUACCCCUAUCCCCACACGCUGUAUUUCCUGGAGAAAGCCAAUUUAGCAUCCCACCGCUUUCGACCAGAUCAGCUUCGGGCCAAGAUGAUCCUGUUUGCUUUUGGCAAUGCUCUGGCUCAGGCCCGGCUCCUCUAUGGGAAUGACACGAGGGUCUUGGAGCAGCCAGUGGUUGUGCAAAGCGUGGGCACAGAUGGACGUGUCUUCCAGUUCCUGGUGUUUCAACUGAACACCACAGAUUUGGCCUCUGAUGAGGGUGUCAAGAAUUUGGUGUGGAUGGACUCAGACCAGCUCCUCUAUCAGCAUUUUUGGUGUCUCCCAGUGAUCAAAAAGAAGGUACUUGUGGAACCUGUUGGGCCUGUUGAUUUCCAGCCAGAGACAUUCAGGAAGUUUUUAGCUUUGUAUUUGCACGGCGCUGUGAGAGCCGAGGACCAUCGUGAGGCCUGACCCCCUCACCCCUCUGCCACCGAAGAGCCUGCAUCGUGGGCAGUGCCUGGGGCCUGCUUGGAGCCUCAGCCCUCGCUUGGCCUGGUCAUCUCACUGACAAUAAAGAGCGCUUGCCUUGCGCUGGAGCCUGUGCUUGGUGUGAGGGUGCUGUCAGGUGGGGCACCGCAGGGGCACAUGGGCCCCUGCAGAAGUACAGGCCCUGGAGCCUGACCUGCCUCAGUGCGAGCCCAGCUCUUUCUCUGAC